GAGAGUUGAGUAGAAAAUAUGGAGUCGAUAUACAAUCUUCUCGGCUUGGAGUGGAUAGAUGGCAGGAGUAUUUUAAUAUUUUUGACUGUUUUUCUACUGUUGACAGAUUUUCUGAAGAACAGAGUGCCAAAAAACUUUCCUCCUGGACCCUGGGCUCUACCUUUCAUUGGUGACCUUCAUCGUAUCCAGUCUACCAGACUUCACCUGCAGUUGACAGAGUUCGCAGAAAAAUAUGGAAACAUUUUCAGCCUUCGACUCUUUGGUGGUAGGAUUGUGGUCGUUCAUGGCUACAAACUUGUGAAAGAAGCCCUGGUUCACCAAGGAGAAGACUUCAUGGAUCGCCCAACUAUACCCUUAUUUGAAUCAAUUAUAGGGAAUAAAGGUCUUGUGCUGUCAAAUGGUUAUCCCUGGAAGCAACAGAGGAGAUUUGCUCUUCACACAUUCAGAAACUUUGGUCUGGGGAAGAAGACCCUGGAGUCAUCCAUCCAGCAGGAGUGCCAGUAUCUCACAGAGGCUUUCGCAGAUCAGCAAGGCAAACCCUUUAAUGCUAAGAACCUGAUUAAUAAUGCAGUCUCAAACAUCAUCUGCUGUUUGGUGUUCGGCAAUCGAUUUGAGUACACUGACAAGCAGUACCAGUAUAUUCUCCAGACAAUAAAUGACAUUAUUCGAUUACAGGGAAGUUUGACAGUACGGAUGUACAACACAUUACCCUGGCUGAUGAGGUGGCUGCCUGGAUCACACCAGAAAACAUUUACCUUGUUAAAGAAAAUAGCUGAAUUUGUAGAAACUAGGAUCAAAGAACACCUGGAAAACUUUGACCCUUCAUCACCAAGAGACUACAUAGACUCCUUUCUCAUAGAAAUGGGAGAGAAGGAAGAUAAAGAUUCUGGGUUUUACCUUGAAAAUUUGAAGGCUUGCACAAUGGACCUGUUUGGCGCUGGAACUGAAACCACAACUACUACUUUACACUGGGGGCUUUUAUAUAUGAUCCACUACCCUGACAUACAAAAGAAAGUCCAGGCUGAAAUAGAUGCUGUGGUUGGUUCAUGCAGACAACCGUCUACAAGUGACAGAGAAAACAUGCCGUUCACUGAUGCAGUUAUUCAUGAAAUCCAGAGAAGUGGAAAUAUUGCCCCACUUAACGUACUUCACGUGGCAAACAAGAACACAACUCUGGAUAAGUACUCAAUCCCAAAGGGCACCAAGAUCUUGGCUCCAUUGCACUCUGUUCUACAUGAUGAGUCUAUGUGGGAAACUCCACAUUCCUUCAACCCUCAACACUUUCUGGACCAGGAUGGAAAAUUUAGGAAGAGGGAGGCCUUCCUUCCCUUUUCUGCAGGUAAACGUGUGUGUCUUGGGGAGCAGCUGGCCAGGAUGGAGUUAUUCCUGUUUUUCACCUCCCUGCUGCAGAGGUUUUCAUUGUCUGCACCUGCUGGAGAGAAACCCAGUCUGGACUUCAUUUUGGGAGCCACACUCAGUCCCAAACCUUAUCGUCUGUGUGCUGUGCCACGCUAGAGCACGAGUUAUCCUUAACUGAGCAUGUCUGUUUCUCUACUCUCUCAAUGACUGUCUUCUGCUAUUGUUUUUGAUGUUCAAGAAUGUUAUCUCUCUCUCUCUCUAGUGUAAGUGUAAUAGAAGCAGAAAACCAACUUUAAUAAAGCAACUGACAAAUUCUGAAUUGA